UUUUUGUUGGGCUCGCGGCUCGCCAUGUUUAUUACGUACGUAUUGAAGGUGGUUCGCUGCAUAGUGCAUACCUUGCUCGAAUCCUCUGGUAAUUUGCUCGCAAAACUUAUAAACCCCCAUUCACUUUAUUGAAAGCUUGGAUCUUUCGGUGUCUUCGUGAUCAUAAAGAACUAUGAGCAGGUUGUUAAGGGGAAAUGCCAAAACGGCCAAAACUCCUAACAGCGCCCGUGCCAAAAGUACUAUUUCGUCCGGAGAUGCUCGACUAACAGAGUGGAAGAAUUUCUUUCUGGACAGUGGCAUUCCAGAGCAUGCAGCAUCGGAGUACGCUGGCAUUUUCAUCAGUGAGCGCAUCAACUGUUCCAUGCUUAAAAAUCUCGACAAAGGCUACCUCAUCGAUAUGGGCAUUAGUACCAUCGGCGAUCAGAUAGCCAUCCUUCAGGCGGCGAAGCGCCACAAUGGCGAACGCUGCGCUCCGAAACGCGCUGCCUUGUCCACGUCAGUUGACUCAAUUCCCGCAGGAUCACCUUUACCGGGUGAAUGCCACCUUGACUUCGUAACUGGGACGGCGCAAGUGGACAUUAAAGUACUCGCUCAGCUGGAUCUCCCAACCGUCAUUUCUAAAACCAGAGUGUCGGGGUUUUGCGUUUGUUAUACUGCUGAAUCUGCCAUUAAAGCCGGCUUCACCAUGGAUUGGAAAGAUGACAGUGUGGUCAUCGUAGUCAGUGGCACCACAGACGCCGUGAAUAAACUGAAGAUGAUGAUUGACUCUCAGGUGACUGCUCACUGCUCUUAGGCAGAAAUUCGCGAUGCUGCCAUGGCAUCCAUCGAUCUCGUGCCUCCCCUCCGCACAAAAUCUAAAAAAAUGGAUAAAAUUCCGCAGUCGAUGCCCAUCGAAACCCAGAAACGGCGUUUCUUUUGCGAUCAGUGUCCUAAAAACUAUACUACUAAGUACACGUUGCAGUGCCAUAUUCUGCAAUAUCACGAACAUUAUAAUGAUCGCUUUGUGGGAUGCCAAAUGUGCGGGAGAAAAGUUAAUCGUUUUUAUGCCAAAAUGCAUCGAUGCGGAAAGAUAAAAGAAGAAUAAUGCAAUAUUAUUGUUAGACCUAAUAGAAUUACUUAUCUGAUCUCUUGAAAUUACGACUAGGGCAACGGAAAUGUGCAGCACUAAGAAAACCA